AUGGGUUUUGUCAACGACAUUAGUUGCUGCGAGCUGACUCCUGAGGCCCGUUCACGCCUAGUCAAAACACCUGCUGACGUUGCCGGCGUAGUCGUCAAGUUUAAGCCAAAGCAGUUCUUUGUGGACAUUGACCGCUUGGAGUUUGUCGCCAACAACGCUAUCAUGUCUGAGCUGGGCAUCACUCCACGACUUCUCUACAUCGACGCCGAUUGCAUGAUUAAUGAGUACGUCCCUUCGAGAAAUUACAAAAUUGAGGAAGACCUGGAUCCAAAGACGGUGAAAGAACUGGCAAGAGUACUUGCGCGAAUCCAUUCUGCAAAGCCGCCUAUCAGCUCCAAGACCUUCAAAAACUGGGAAAAGCUUUUUGAUGAGGACAGCCCAAUGAUGAAAAAUCCCCCAAUGAAAAACAUCAUUGAUAAAAAGUACUUAGACUCGUUAAAAGAGGAAACCGAAGAAAUCAAAGCAAAGUACUGGGAUCUUUUGGAGUCGAUUGAGUACCUAGAGAGCAGUCGACUGACUCGAGAGCUGAGCAAGAAGGUCAAUUCGACUUUUGUUUUCAGUCAUUCCGACUUUAAUCGAGGCAAUCGAUUGGUAGCAAAGGUCAAAGAUCCGGAAACAGGAGUAGAAAAGAAGCGCAUCUGGAUUGUUGACUUUGACUACUCGACCAUCAACUACCGAGGCAUCGACUUUGGGCGGUAUUUUAGCAACUACCGCCACGAAGAUGACAUGUUUGGUGAUGAAGGCUUUCCUACUGAUGAGGAGAUGGCCCUUUUCCUCGAAGAAUAUCGACAAGAAUGUGCCAGAAUUCAGGGACAGUUUUAUCUUGAGGCAAAUCCGCUAGAAAUGCUUAUUCGAGAAGCAAAGAUUUUUGCGAUGCAAGCCUAUAGUGACUUCUUCUUCUGUUUAAUGAUGUACACAAACGAUCCAAAGGGACCAAGGAAGGACUACUUUCUGGAAGCCGCAUUUAACCGAUACUCUGGGUUGCAAAAACUAAAAAAGCGUUUUACUGAGGACGGAACAAUUCCUUAUGUGUUGAAGCAAGAGAAAAAAUAG